AAAUUUUACACAGAUAAGCCGAUUAUGUUUUUGCAAUAUUCUUAAUUGACAAUAAAGAUAAUCAUUUGUGUGUUUUAGUCUCCUCCAUUUAUCUACACCAUCAUCAUCAUCAGUGUACUUUACAUGAGAUCGGCUGGCUGUUGGUUGAUAUGCUCAAGAACUGUCGACGUGUGUGUGCUUUGUCUCGUCACACUGUAUGUUUGAAUUCUUUCAGCCAGCGGCUAAGACACAUCCACAAAGUGCGCCCAGUGGCCAACAACAGCAUGGACAAAUUUGAUUUGCCCAAGCGCCUUCAAGGCAGCACGCCCAGUGUAUGGAAUGAAUAUAUUGCGUUAGCCAUGCAAUAUAAACCAUUGAAUCUGGGCCAGGGAUUUCCUGAUGAUGCAGCCCCGGAAUAUGUCACUAACGCACUGGCGGACAUUGCCAAGGAUGAGAAUCCGUUGCUACAUCAGUACACUAGAGGAAAUGGUCAUGUACGCUUAGUAAAUGCACUGUCUAAACUCUAUAGCGGUCUCGUUGGUAAAGACCUAAAUCCACUUAGCGAUAUAUUGAUUACUUCCGGCGCCUAUGAGGCACUCUACUCCACCAUAAUGGGACAUGUGGACGAGGGUGAAGAGGUCAUUAUUAUUGAACCCUUCUUCGACUGUUAUGAGCCCAUGGUCAAAAUGGCCAGAGGCGUUCCUCGGUUCAUUCCACUUAAAUUGCGUAAAAAAGACGGUCCGAUCAGCUCCGCCGACUGGGUGUUAAAUGACCUUGAAUUGGAGAAACUGUUCAAUGAGAAAACAAAGAUGAUCAUAUUGAACACUCCUCAUAAUCCCACCGGAAAGGUCUUCCAUCGCCAAGAACUGGAGCGCAUAGCGGCAUUGUGUCGCAAGUGGAACGUGCUCUGCGUUUCGGAUGAGGUAUAUGAAUGGCUUGUCUUUGAUGGUGUCGAACACGUGCGCAUUUGCACUUUGCCUGGAAUGUGGGAUCGCACGAUUACAAUAGGCUCGGCAGGUAAAACCUUUUCGGUAACUGGCUGGAAAAUUGGUUGGGCCUAUGGACCUCAUCGCCUGAUUAGAAACUUGCAAAUGGUCCAUCAAAACUCAGUUUACACAUGCCCGACACCACUGCAAGAAGGCGUAGCGCGCAGCUUUGAGGUGGAAUUGGCUCGUAUGGGAAAGCCAGAAAGCUAUUUUCUUACCUUGCCGCGCGAACUGCAGCCCAAAAGAGAUUUUAUGGCAAAGUUUCUAAGUGAUGCGGGCAUGCGCCCCACAAUACCAGAGGGUGGUUACUUCAUGUUGGCCGAUUGGUCGCCGCUGGCACCGAAGCUCGACUUAAGUUCAGAGCUGGACAAGCAUCGUGACUAUAAAUUCACUAAGUGGAUGACAAAGAAUAUGGGUCUGCAGGGCAUACCUCCUAGCGCUUUUUAUAGCGAGCCUAAUAAACAUUUGGCAGAGGACUUUGUGCGAUAUUGCUUUAUAAAAAAGCAAGGAAAUCUAGACAAGGCAGCUGAAUUGCUCAAAAUUUGGAGUUAAACUUUGUUUGUAGUAAAACUAUGCAUUUACUUAUGUCAAUAAACGAAUUUGUUUUGAAA